UUAACAUAUUUAUGCAUGCGCAAGUGUUUACCAAACGUCAUCGAGACAGAUUUGUUGCAGGUACCACGUUGUAGCUCGAGAUCUGGCUACUCGCUUUGUGAAAUGAACGCAGAAUUGUUCGAAGCUGUGGAAAGGGAUGAUAAACUGCCAGUAUUGCGUUUUUUGGAGAAGGAAGGUGAUGUAAAUACUCGUGAUGAGUAUGGGGAUAAGACUCUUCUGAUGAUAGCAUGUCUGAGAAAUAGCAAAAAUAUAGUCUAUUUGCUGGUUACCAAUUCAGCAGCGGUUAAUGAAACUAGCAUUAGGAGAUGCACUCCUUUGAUGAUGGCAGCAAGGAAAGGAAACGAAGACAUUGUAGAACUGUUAUUGAAGGCCAAAGAUAUUGAUGUGAUAGCAAAAAACAGUUGGGGAAUGACAGCCAUCCAUCAUGCUGCAAGAUGUAAUUAUGCGACAAUACUAGAGAAACUUCUUUCCUUUCCUGUUCCUGUUGAUAUUGUUGAUAUCGAAAAUCGUACACCGCUGUGGUUUGCAGCCUCUUGUGGUUAUCUUUCUUGUGUUGAUGUUCUCUUAAAACGUGGAGCGAAUCCCUUACAUGAGAGUAAAACUCAAAAUUCACCACUGGAGAUUGCCAAGCAAAAUGGUUACACACAUGUCGUUGAAAAAAUGGAGGAAGCUAUAAGAGUAACGUCUCAUCCUUAUGUUGAGGGUUACAUGUCCGUCAUCCGACAGCAAGACCAACAGAAAGUAUGUCGCCCUAGUUUGCAGUUGUCAUCACUUCAACAACUUGUUGUCUGUUUCACAAGUUGUGUUUGUGUUUGCAUAGAUUGCUGGAUUGCAGAGUGAACUACAACAGAAGGAUAAAGAAAUUUUGCGUCUCGAAAUUGCUGCAAAUGAUAAAGUAAGACACAUAAAUGUACAUGGUACACUAGAAUUAGCAUUUAUUUACGAAUAUUGAAGACCAAACAUAAUUCAUGUUUGCACGUUUAGUAACACUUGUUGUAAUACAAUGUAUUGUAGGUAGGUGAUGUUUACAAGGUUUCUGAUAAAUCAUGGUUGUUGUCACAACCACCAGGUGAGGAGUGUGUGUGUGUGUGUGUGUGUGUGUGUGUGUGUGUGUGUGUGUGUGUGUGUGUGUGUGUGUGUGUGUGUGAUAUUUUUACUAGCGUAGAUCUGCUUAUAUUUUCUACAUCAUUGUGUUCAUCAACAAUUAAAAUGUGUUGUAAUGCUUUCUGUUUUGUGUCAUAUUCAUGAGUAUAUAAUACUACCAGCUCUAAAGUAUAGUUGCAAAUUACGUUGCUUACUUAUUUGAUUUAGGAGGCGUUAUGGCUGUCGUCAGUACUUUGGCUUGUAAUCAAUGGAGUGAUGUUGGAUUUGAGUUAGGCUACGAACCGUCUGAACUUAUGUCACUCACUUCUGGUGUUGAUGCACCUAGCAGCAAGCUACAUUUCAUAUUGAAAACAAAGGCUCUUGCUGUUGGUGAAGAGAAGAUUGUUCCCCUUAUCUUGAGGGCAUGCCAACGGAUUCCGAUGACGAUUUGUGCUCAAGCAAUACGUAAUAAAGUGGCUCAGCGUCAAGAAGAGUCUAAAUCGUAGACAAUAGAAUCAUCGUGUUUUUGUCACUGUGUGGUAAUCAUAUUCAACUUGUAAUCUAGCUAUGACCUGUAAUUGACUGUAUAUUUCUCAUUCUUAUUGCUUAUUUUUUAUUUAGUGUUCUAUUUACAGGCUGAGUGGAAAAUGCGGAUCCACGGAUCCACGGAUCAACGGAUCCACUCGAUUCCAAGUCCAAUAUAAAUUUGGGCAUCUCGGAUUUAGACUGCCCCGCUGCUGUCUUCGCUUUCUGAUGCGAUUAUCUUUCGUUUAGUAUUACUCAUCUAGACUACAGUUGCAUCUCUAGAUAUAAGCUAAGUUAGCAGUAGAGCUUUUAGCACCGCACGUUAUUGUUGUAGCUAUUACUAGUUGCUUCAUUCUUUCUAUCAGCACUCCAACUCACAAACCGGUGUACUGAAAGAGCGACAAGCUC